CAGUUUUUUCCUGUUCUGUUGGAAAGGGAUAACACGCAUGGAUGUUAUAAAUUUUCGUUUCAGCUCUGGCUUUAUACAGUUAUAUACGUAGUUGACUGAAACAACAACACAACAUCAACUUUAAAGUUAAAGAAAUAAAAUCGUAAAGUAACAUUAUUUACACGCAUUUAUUUAUAUGAAUUCCUUUAAUUCUAACUUGAAUUAUAUUUCAACCUUGUUAGUUAUAAUCAAUGGAGGGAAUAAAAAUUGAGAACCGGGAUGUCGGCGAGCACGAGGGUGGGGGUGAUACGGACGGAACCAUGAUGGACCAGUUGAAGGACCUCUGUGACUCCUAUAAUGUGGAAAUUGAUUCUAGUCUUUGGGACACCGACGUUGAUUUGGGGCCCCCGUCCUCUCUUAACGUUAAACAGAUACCUAAGGAAGAUGCCACCAUCAUGACGGAGUAUAACCACCUUCAGCAGAGCCUAUACGAAACUGGAUUUCCGGAGACAGUGAAUCGCCUCGGCUCCAGGCCAUCCAAACUGAACAAGGAGAACAUCUGUGUGGCCUUUCUCCAUAUCCACUAUGAGAGUCUUGGCAUGCUGCUGGAAGGAGGGCGACAGUUGCCUGGAGGAUUCCACAUGAUCCUGUCCACGUCAUGGCUGACAAAAGAGCCAUCAAAGGACCAGAAUGGCCUCUUCUCACUGUUCGUGCACAAAGCCAUCACAUUCCACUCUGGCGGUGUCACAAAACUUGAGGAGUUUGUUAAACCCCGCCGAGUGACCUAUCUGGUCAACUAUUUCACUGACGUGUGUACUAGAGCGGAAAGAAAUGACGGCCCUGAACUUGAGCGAGGAUUGGACUGCCCUAUGAGCAGCUCGGUAGCACUCUGUGAACAGACUGACAACAAGGUUUGGACUCGUAACGCGAUGGCAGCUGCUGGUGUUGACAUUCCAGUGACCUUGGCCUUCUGCUACAAUAACACCCACAAAGUGUCAACGCCCAAUCCAAAAAUUGUUGUCUUUAACAUCGAGAACAACGAUUGUUGUGACUUCGCAGACAAGGAAAUUAGACGAUUCCUUGCGAGUGACGAAAUGAAGGGCGUGAAAAGGGUUGUCGUUAAGCCGUCUGGACGAAUGUACUGUGGCAGCGUCGGCGUCAACCUGCUCCAGGUGGACGAUGUCCAUAACAUUUUGAACCACGCUAAAAAGCUCCUGGCGGAAAUCGAGCCUGGAAGUUCUGUGCUGGUCGAGGAGUGUAUCGAGCAUCUCAGUCCACGGCCGGGGAACAAGAAUGAGCGGCGGUGGAUGGCGGAAGAGGGGAUGGGCUUUCGGUGCCGCGUAAUUGUCAGUCGCGACCACGACAACAAGGCGGUGUGUGUGCCGAUCAUAUGCGGCAUCGCUUCCGCAGACGGCCCUAUCAAUGGCCAUAACACCACAACUCUGACCCUCAUGACCACUCUACAGUCUUUCAACGUCGGGGUGGAGGAAAUCUUCAAGUUUGAGCACGAGCUGCGUUACCGGUCGGAGCGCUAUAUGAACGCCAUCAUUGAAUAUGAGGAGACAUUGAGUCCGGAGGAGCGCGGCGAGUUGUACGCCCAGACCGAUCUCAUUGGUAUUGACUACGUAAUUACUGAACGGAACGGGAAGCUGGCAGCGGUGGCUAUCGAGGUGAACAGCCAUGACUGCAUGUACGUCUGCCAGAUCUUUGACAACACCAUGGCCAUGGGCUGCAAACAAGUGGCUGAGACCAUGCCCGUGGAUGAAAUCAUGACAUAUCUGCAGGGUGAACCAGACCUCGAGGAUUUCGAGUUUUGGAAGACGUCCAGCUACUCGCGUCAUAACCAUGGUGCCGUCCACGGCCGCACAGUCCGUCCGUACAUACGGAACGCCAUUGCACGAUCCCAAAAGUGGCUUAUUCGCGGCAAGCAAAUUCUGGUUGUUGGCGCUGGCGGAUUUAGCAAAAGCCACAUCUGGGCUGAUACUGCGAAAUACGGAAUCCACCUGGUCAUGGUGGACAGCAACAGUCACGAAUUCGCGCAGGAGUACGGACAGACGUACAUACACUACGACUUCACCGACCACACUAAGGACGAGUUCCACGCCAUCCAGAUCCUGAACAUCAUCAAGAGGAUGGGCAUCAAGGUCGCCGGCUGUCUCACAUUCUUGGAAGACUGUGUGCCCCUGUCAGCCAUGAUUCGGGAACAUGUCGGGCUUAGGGGUUCAAACACUGAGGCCUGUCUGAUUGCUAAAAGGAAGUCUCAAACUCAGAACUGCUUGGUCGAGAAGACUGGCAUGAAAUCCCAUUUCAUCACCACCGACCUGUAUGCCUCCAAAGCUUACCUUAUUACGAAACCAUCCGACAUUGAUGAAAUCUGCAGCAGCAUGACGUUCCCAGCCAUGCUGAAACUCGAGCAUGGAUCGAGCGCGGUGGGCGUCAGCCUCGUAAAGAACAAAGAUGAACUGCAGAAGAAGUACGCCGAGACCACCUCCCUGCUGCAGUCUGAGGAAGAUUUCCAUGGCAUUGGGCUGGGCUUUGGCAAUGAAAUGUUUGCCAUGGAGUCGCACGAGGGUUCUGAGCACGAUAUUGACAUAGUUAUAUUCGAUCGGAAACUUGUCGCCGCUUUCAUAUCUGACAAGGGUCCAACAAAUAUUCCAUCUUUCAUAGAAACGGCCUCUAUAAUGCCAUCAUGUCUCCCCCUGGAUAAACAAAGCCAACUCAUCGUGGCCGCCUUCCAGUGCUGUUUAGACAUUGGCCUCAGCGACGGCGUAUACAACGUGAAGAUGACCAUGACGUCAUGUGGACCAAAAUUGAUCGAGCUCAAUGGACGCAUGGGUGGUUUCUACAACCGAGACUGGAUCAAGCGUCUGUACGGCUGUGACCUUGUGCUGUACAGCUACCUGAUCGCGUGUGGGAUCAAGCCGCACGCGCCGAAGCACAAGCCGCAGGAACUGUUGAUGGGCAUAAUGCUUGUGCCGUCACACCAUCGCCACAUUCUUGACGACGAAUCCAUACGAAAAGAGAUUCUUGCUCGUGAUAGCAACGGUGACAUAAUGUUCCGACAGUUUGUAGCUAACGCCGACGACGCAAUGUACAAUGCGAACAUUGAAGAGCCUUUCGCUAAUGUAGCCGUGAAUGCGAACUCGUACUCCGAGGGCAAAAAGAAACUGAUGAAGUUUUGCAACCAAUACAAGAUUGACAAUGAAAAUUAUGAUGUGGUCAGAUUUAUCGAAUGUUUUUGGGACAUCGUUGUCAGGCAAACCUAAUUGGGUUUGAUGGAAUGCCUAUAUUUAUUGCUUCGGACAGUGUUGUGACGUAAAACAUUGAGAUUUGAUAAAAUGCAUAGAUCUUUUACAUAGGAAAUUGUUACGAAAUCAAACUCCAGAAUUUGAUUGAAUGCAUACAUUUAUUUCACUUGGACAUUGUUCAUUGGGUUUUGUUGAAUUCAUAAAUCUAGUCCUCUCUAUUAUCCCUGCUAAUCUAAAGCAUUCGGAACUUAUCGGCCAUUUUCUAUCGAAAAUAUCCUCGGAUGUUUAUGUACGGUUUACAAUGUCAGAAAUCUGUACACUUUAACCACGCUGCAAGUAGUUCGCGUAGUAAUUUCAAUUUUGCAGUUAAACUUUAUGACUUAAUUCUCAAGACUCUUACUUAUGUUUGCAUUAAUACACUUCACUGUCAAUCAAUUAAACUUAGAUAAACAAAUACAAGCUUAAACACUACAUUUAAUUCAUAAAAUAUUUCAAAAUGUUAGGAACUACUUCUUCGAAUGCACCGGCAUACAUCCGAGGUUGUUUUCGAUAGAAAAUGACCGAUAAGUUUCGAAUGGGCCUGCGGACAACAUAGUGGUGUUCGAUCAAAACCAACACAUUUGAAUCUAUUAUAGCUCCACAUUGUUCUGGAAAUAAUGUUAAAUCGUAUCUCAAUAUUUUUGCCCGUUCUGGGCGCGGAACACUUGUCAUAUUGUCAUUAGUAUUGAUGUAGCUUUUUGCAAUAAAAAUAACAAAAUA